CCUCAAAGCGGACCGACUCCUGUGACGACGCAACGACCCGCAAACGCCGUCUCUGCGUGCGAACUACAGUCGGAACGUCUACGAAGAUCUUGUACAGUCCGCUCGAACCCACAUAAUACACUAGGGAUCCAACAGCCGCCACCGAAUCGCACCUGACCGACGAACCCUCUCCGCGUAUAGCGGUGAUCGCACCGCGCUCUCCUCCCUCGCUCGCAAUCGCAACCGAGUCCCGCAUCCGCCAUGGCUGUAUCUAUACAGGAUCGCACGGAUGAAUUCCGAUCGAUCCUUGCCCAGGCACAACGGCGACAGGCGCAGUCGAAGACGGGUGCCCAGCGCCAGUCGCUCCUUUCAGCGCAGCAGAAGGCCGAGGCAAAUGGCACCUCACCCCACCGCCAACGAUCAGAGUUCGCACGGAAGGCGGCAGAAGUAGGGCGCGGUAUUGCAGGCACAAUGGCGAAGCUGGAGCGCCUGUCACAGCUGGCGCGGCGGAAGACUCUGUUCGACGACCGGCCUGUUGAGAUCGACGAACUCACCUAUGUCAUAAAGCAAGAUAUGGCACAACUGUCUGGGCAGAUUCAAGCACUUCAGACGAUAACUGCGAAAGAACACCCCAAGGCGAAGCCGGGCGUUGAUCAGGAGGGCGAGCAUAAUCACCAGGUGGUCGUGCUGUUGAAGGACAAACUGCAGAACGUAGGCGGCAGCUUCAAGGAUGUGCUAGAAGUCCGGACGAAGAACAUGCAGGCAUCACGGUCACGGCAAGAGCAGUUCCUAUCAUCCGCAGCCUCGCACUCACAAACGAACCUCGACCCCAGCAGAACAGAUUCGCCCCUCUACCAGACUCCGCAGAGGGGAAGAUCGCCAGGAGGUUUCAAGAACACAAAUGCCGCUCAGCAGGAUCUGCUUUCGCUGGACCCUUCAGGAUCGUCGGCCCUUACACGUGGUGGAGCUCAAUCAGAUACCCAGUUAUUGCUCAUGGAGGAAGCACAGCCGCAGAAUUCUUAUAUCCAGCAACGGGGACAGGCGAUCGAAUCCAUCGAAAGCACCAUCACUGAAUUGGGAAGCAUAUUCUCGCAGCUUUCACAGAUGGUAAUGGAGCAGGGCGAGCAGAUCCAGCGCAUCGAUGCCAACACCGAGGACGUCGUGGACAACGUUGAGGGCGCACAGCGUGAAUUGAUGAAGUACUGGAGCCGGGUGCAAGGCAACCGGUGGCUUGUCGCCAAAAUGUUUGGCGUUUUGAUGAUAUUUUUCCUCCUCUGGGUGCUUAUUGCCGGAUAGACUCUCAUCCAUGUCAUUUCCGCGAAGCAUCGGCAUUGGUCAAAGGCGUUCGUAGACAAGGACGUGUUGACCCAGUUCGGCCUGGAUCCAUUUUCUAGUUGUUCGAAGCUCAAUAGAAGGGAGGCUUCGUUGCAUGCAGCCCACAGUUCAUUUCAUUUGUGUUGUACUACUACCUCCUUUCUUCUGCAUGUAUUGAUGGCACGAUGACAGAGCGCCGAGCCGAGCCGAUUAGCACUU